CUUUUUCUGUUUGUGAAAAAGAGCUGAGCAGAGCUAGGGACUGCAUGGUGGUUUCAAAAACUGCCUCCUUAAUUCAGAGAUAACAAUGGUUGGGAAGGCCAGAUCUUCUAAUUUUACCUUAUCUGAAAAGCUUGAUUUGCUAAAACUUGUGAAGCCGUAUGUUAAAAUUCUUGAAGAACAUACCAAUAAGCAUUCAGUAAUAGUGGAAAAAAACAAAUGCUGGGAUAUCAUAGCCGAUAACUACAAUGCCAUCGGAGUAGAUCGUCCUCCUCGUACUGCACAGGGCCUGCGCACGCUGUACAAGAGGCUCAAAGAAUAUGCCAAACAGGAGCUAUUGCAGCAAAAGGAGACCCAUUCAGAUUAUAAAAGCAGCAUUUCUGAGCCAACCAAGAAAGUUGUGGAGAUGAUUCCACAGAUUUCCAGUGUGUGUUUAAGAGACAGGAGCAGUUUACAAAGCGCUAAUAUAGAUAAAGAAACGGUUGCUGGUACCAGUUCCCCACAAGCAGUGUUGGAUCACCAUCCUGUCACAAUGGAGUUGGAACCAGAAGAGGAUGUCAAACCUCCUCCUUACUUGGCUGUAGAUUCACAGCAGAGUGAGGACUUAGAACAAGGAGAAGAACACCAGUUGGUGCAUGUUAUGGAGAGAUCUCCUUCAACUUCACUGUCUUCUGUUGAUAUGAGAAUGAUGUUGUCUUCAUCUCCCAUCCCAAGAAGAGAUGAUUUUUUUAGGCUCGAGGUUGGAGAACGCUUUAGGCCAGCAUGUGGGUAUGAGCCACAGAUGUUGCAAAUGCUGAAAGAGGAGCAUCAGAUAAUCUUAGAAAAUCAAAGAAAAAUUGGGCUUUAUGUCCAAGAAAAGAGGGAUGGCUUGAAAAGAAAGCAGCAGCUGGAAGAAGAGCUAUUGAAAGCAAAAAUUAAAGUAGAGAAGCUGAAGGCAAUAAGACUACGACGUGAUCUGCCAGAAUACAACAGCCUUUAAAUAUUUAUCAUCUGUCAUAUAAUCUGAGAUGUUUUAUUCUCUGAGAUACUUUAUAAUACAUUGUUUUUGCCUAGCAAAAUGAUUUUUUAUGUUAAUUUGGAUGGAUCAGAAUCUAGCCUUGAAAAACGUAUGCAUGUUUUCCAUUUUGUUUAUGUACAUUAGCAAAAAUGUCAAAUGUCUUUCACAGGUUUGAGUCUUCUCAAUAUUUCUAGUCUGAAGUAUAACCAGAUACUGUAGCUCUGUGUGUAAGAUAAAAAACUGCCUUUGGAAAUCUUCCACUGAUCUUUAUUAGAGCUGGAACAAGCUAAGGAAAAUUUAGACAGGUGUUGUUAAAGAUGUUGAUUUUAUGCUUUAUUCUUUUUUUAAAGCAAUUCUUAUCCUUUUUAAUAUUCUUUAUGAAGUUAUUUGAAGGUUAAUAAAUAUAGAGAGAAGAAAUAAAGGCCAUGUUUCUUUAUAUAUAUAUAUUUUUCACUCAUUUUAAAUUAGUAAAACCUAUUUCAAUUAUGAGAUUUUGCUAAUGUGUUAUAUUAGCUUGGAGAACAUAGGAAACUGACUGGAUUAUUUUAUUUUUUAAUGCUCAACUGAGAGAAGGUGGAGCACAUAUCUUUUUAAAAUUUAACACUUUUUAUAAUAGUCAGUGGAUGAAAGUUUCCAUAUGAUAAUUUCAAAAUAGAGAUGCUGAAGGCAACAUUUAAAUUUUCAGAACUGCAUGCAUGCAUAAUUUGUGUGCACAGUUACUGUGAUUGUGUAUUCAAUUGUGGUAAUUACACUGCAAGUGACUAGAAAGAUAUCUAAUUUGUUCAUUUCCAUGCAUAAUUACUAUGAUACAUGUGCAACCAAGACAGAUGCAGGUGCAUUUUAAUCAACAUCACUGUUAUGCUAUAGCUACCAAAAUGCCAUAGUUUCUCUACAUAAAUAAUUUGUGACCCAAAAUCCAAGUAAGAUUCUUUAUUAUCUAGGAUAAUUUUUGUGAGUGGUAUGACUUUUUUUAUUUAUUUACAAAUAAAAAUCCCAAACACACAAAAUAAAUUCAUUCUCAUGUCCUUCCUAGCAACAUCCCUUGCUUGCAGUAUAGUCCCUAUACUGUUAUGACCACUAUCAAGGAAGCAGGGAGGUUGGUAAAUGCCUGUCAAUCAUAGCUAUUACAUAAGCUCCAGACUGCCCAUUUCUUCAUGGUUCUUUGCCUUCUGCGCUCUGGAAUCAUGGAGCAGCACUUGCCUCAAUCCUCUGACUCCAUAUUUCUUCUAACACUAUUUUCCCUUCCUCCAAAUUCUAGCACAAGAAGAGGAGAUGAAAUACAGGGUAAAGGAAAAAGAGAGAGAACAAAGGAGAUAUUCCACCUGUGUCUGCUGUCUAGGGCCCCAGCAACACAGAGAACAAAAACAGCAAUAAGGAGGCCAUUCCCUCUUAUGGCUGCUUCCACUCAUAACUCUAUCCACCAAUGCUCUUUAGAUCAGCUGCUUUCUCUACCCACACAGUGUCUCUCCAUAUGGGUAAGGGGCAGAGGUCUGCAUCAGUGGAUGAGGUAAUCCCUGCUACUUCUUAUCAGUCUCCUGGGCCCUUCAGGCUAUCUUUAUAACUGCAGGUAUGACUGAUAACACAGUCUGAAGACUGCAGGAUUGCAUAGGUUUAAUUAAGGGCUUAACUGAGCCUAAAGAACCUUUAUUUGUGAUGCUGUUGCGAGAGAUGGAGAGAAACCAGCUUGACUGUCAGAACCAGGAUGAGUUUGUGGAGUUUCGUGAGGUAGCGGGGGAUGGGAAAGUGAGAGGAAACAAAUCUUUUACUUGCAACCUGAGGAAAUUGAAAUCAGUGAGAUUCAAUGAAUAUGGAACUCCACAAACCGUUUUUUUCCCCCUACAAUCACUUUAGGGUAGUGCAGAACUUUAAGCCCACGUCUACACUCACACUUAUGUUGGCAAAACUUAUGUCGCUCAGGUGUGUGGAAAAAAAACACGCACCCGAGUGACAUAAGUUUUGCCAGCAUAAGUGCUCAUGUAUAUAGCACUGUGUGACUGCUCAUUUAGGUGGUUUUAUUAUGUUGACAGGAGAGAUCUCGUGUAGAGCAGCUACAUGAGCGAUCUUACAGCGCACAGCUGCAUCGGCACAUCUAUGCCACUGUAAGUUCACUAGUGUAGACAUGGCCUAAGAUGAGAGCCCCAUUCUCUCUAUUGUGCCUUUUGUAUGCUUUGAAGGGUUAACUUCCAAUAACUAGCCUUCAUUUCACACCCUGGCCAACCACAGCAUUCUUCAAUUCCAAGAUACUGAUAUGUCUUGUAGAGCUGGAACCACUUCCACAGGACAUUCAUUUUCCUGGGCCUACAAGACUCAAAACUUUUUAAAAAAUAAAAAGCAUUCUUCCAGCUGUACUUUAGCAUCCAGGAUGUGGCUUCUGAGGAAUAGGAACCAGAAUAAAGUAAAUUUUCAGUGCCUACCUCAUAGUAUGGAAAUACCUGGCUUUGCCGGAGAAUCUAGAUUUCUGCUUAUCCAGUGUUAUGGGGUAGAUACCAAGUUGUUUCUAUGUUCUUGUUCCAAGUUCUCAUAGAUGUGAUCCCACAUUCAACAGAGGCCAGAAUGAGGUCAAAUAAGGCUUACGGUGUUGCAGUGGUUGUCUGACUACAACCCACUCUACACUGGUCAUCAGAGCCCGCCGCAUAGGCUUUGGAAGCGUUUCAACAUAAAUGUCCAUUUCUUUCGACAUCUCUCUCUACAGAUGUUAUCUCUGUGAGGGCCAGAACCAUGGAACUUUCCACUCUUUGCAGCAUCAGGUGGCUUCUCACCAGGAACGGAGAGGUAGAUGCAAAGACCAAAUUGGCAGAACCUCCCCAGAGUUUUAGAUUCUGGGAGGGAAAGAGUUGGAUGAAUGAAGACACAAUAGAAUAUGGAGGUCCCAUUAAGAUGCUUUCUCCACCAUCCUCACUCCAUAUUAUGAUUGUUUUGUUUCUGUUCUGUUUGUAAGAGAAAGGAGUUUUCUCUUCUUCUUUGUGCUAGCGGCAUCUUCUAUCCAGAGACUUCUCAUAUUUCCAGUUUCCUUUUUUCUAAUUUCAUCAUGGCGAAUCUUUCAGUUCUUGGGUCAUUUUGCAGUUUGCUUGCACCUUGUCAUGUGGGUUUACUUCUACCUUUAGCCAUCCUCCUUCAAAUGUACUUUUUUUUUUUCCCAUGGAAGAUGUCCUUUCCUUCUCUUAGUCUAUCAAGAAGUCAACCAUAUUUGAUGCUUCUCUCCCUCCAAUUAUUGUGGGUCUGCACUUCUUCUCUAGCACCCAUAUCUGGGUUGCAUCAUCACAUUACCUGCCUCUUAGACUUGGGCAUCUUUCAUUUCUUAGAAGGUGUACCUUCAGUAUUGUUAUGUUGCAGCUUUAAGGUAUAUCUACAUUGCAGCAACAAACAAGCUGUGUUCACACUACAGUGGGUAGCUAAAUAUGGCAGUGAAAGGCUCUGGCCGGGGGAUGCAGCGGGGAUCUGAGGGAGCCUUUCUGCACUGAUGGAGUCUAUCACUGUGGCAACUUCCCACUCUGGCAACUUCCCAUUUUCACUGCCAUGGGGAGCUGCCAGAGCCUUUCCCCACUGUCUCCUUGCUGCUGGAGUCUUUCCCUGCUGCUGGAGUCUUUUGCCACUGCCUCUCCACUGCAUGAAAAGACUCCGGCAGUGGGGAGGCAUGAGGACAUUACACUGCUAAAAAUAGCAGCAUAGAUGUGAGAGGCACUGCUUCGGCAUGUAGAGAGAGUGUUUUGGCAUGUCUUGAUCCGCCUAAACAGAGCCUCGUUAUUUAGAACGUUGGUUAUACCCAUUUGUGGGGGGCAUGCAGUUUAUGUACUCUACACACUGCCAUCAGGAGCGUGCUGUAUAGACAUACCCUUAGGCAGUUCUUCUGGACCUGCAGUUUUAGGAACUUCUCUAUUCCAGUACACAGCCUAACUGAACUAACAUAUAUGAUCAGACAGCUUGGAAAAAACAGCACCAUAUUCUGUCCUUCUCCCUUACCAGUGCCUCUAUCCCUGUCUGCUGCAGAAAAGUGUACCUCUAGCAAGGAUGAGCAAGUGCAGCCUUCACCUUCGUGGGGUCUCCGAAGUUUAUUAGUGUGCUUCCAGCAAGAUAACCAUGCUAAACAAGUCCUGAAAAGAGCUGCCAUCCCAAUUUUGAGAGAUAUAUUCAUUUGCUUGAGAUUGAGGCAAGGAACUGUGAUAGUGUUCCCCUCCUCUCCUCUUGACUCAGGACUUUGGAGAAAAAUAAGACAUGUCGGAAAUGAUACGACUGCCUCCUUUGUUGCUCUUCAUCUUUGAGAACAGGAGUAUCACCAAGUUCUCCUCCUUGAUAAAUGCCCUUCACCUGGAGCAAUCUGUUCCAGAGACAAGUCAGUUUCCCCAGCUCAUGUCACCUAGCCUUGACAUCCUGGAAGUUGAAUGAAGAUGGUAUUUCACUGUAGGAUUUUUGGAGGAUGUAGCUUGGGGUGUUUCCUCUUGGAGAAGGAAUAAGAACAUAAGAAUGGCCAUACUGGGUCAGAUCAAAGAUCCAUCUUGACCAGGGGUGGGCAAACUUUUUGGCCCCAGGGCCACAUUGGGGUGUGAAAUUGUAUG